GGAAGGAACUGGUUGAGUUUCUGACAACAGGACAAGCAACUUCGUGUUUUAAACUGGUUUGUCUCAUUUCCACCUGCCAGAAGCGGGAAGGAAGGUGUCAAAUCUUAUUGGUUAUAUAUAUAUGUGAUUGCAACAGAAGCUGUGCGAGGCUUCUACUGCUCGGUAAAGUUAUGCCGAUGCCGCCACUACCACCGCCAAUUCCUGCUCCUCCACCAGGGGCUCCGCCGCUGCCUUCUGCACAUGUACAGCUUCCCAAACAAACCAAAGAUGAACUAAAAGGACGGAGUGCUUUACUAGGAGAUAUCCACAAGGGAUUACAAUUGAGAAAGGUGACACAGGUCAAUGACAGAAGUGCCCCGAUCAUUGACAAACCCAAAAUUGGAAAUGGAGCUUUGGGCGGUGGAGCAACACCAGCCGCUAUGGGUGGCUUAUUUCAGGGAGGAUUUCCUGCUCUCAGACCUACAGGACAGAGAGAUGCUUCAGAGAGAGGUUCCAAAUCAACCGUUCAACCUCUCAAUAUGAAAACGCAAACAUCAAGAUACCCCGUCCAGAAUGACAGUACAAGAAAUGAUAAAAGUGCAUCCAACCAACUUGAUUUACCUAAAGUGCAAAGGGCAAUUCAAGGGCAUCUUAAUAUGUCUGCUGCUAUGCCUCCUCCCCUUCCUGUAACUCCCCCUUCAAGUCAGAGUAAAUCCCUGUCAUUGUGUCCCUCUCCCACACCCUCUCCUUCUUUCAAUAAUAAACCUACAAAAACAACUCAGUCGUCUCCCCCUCCAGUUGCUCCUUCUCUUCCUCCCCCUCCCCCUCCCCCUCCCCCUCCUCCUAUGCUUGCAAGAGUUACACCAUUUACAUUUCAAUACACACAGCCACCACCAUCUCCACCACCUUCUCCUCCACCUUCCCAUAAUUUCCAAGACCAAACUUCAGAUUUCAUGUUUCCUGCUCCACCUCCACCUUCAUUACUAUGUAUUGAAGACUCUACAGAUUUUCCUCUUCCUCCUCUCCCUCCACCUCCACUACCACCAGUUCCUUCCUUUACUCCUUACAGUAAAACUGAAUAUGCUCUACCACCACCUUUUUUAUUGAGCAAUAUAGAAGUUCCUCCACCCUUGCCACCAAAAUUGCCCAGCUUUUCUAAAAAGCCAAAUAUGUCUUCAAUUUCUCCUCCUCCUCCUCCACCAACACCACCACCACCUCCACCGCCACCAUUCCCUGCUUAUGGCCACCCUGGUUCAAGUUCAUCAUCCAGUCAAACAUCAUAUGCAAACCAGCUGUCUGCAAGGGAAGGCCCAGCUAGAUCUGGAGUGCAUAAUAGCGUUGGAAAACUAGCACCACCCCCUCUUCCACCAGUCAGGUCAUCCAGUACCGAACUUACAAGCAGAUGCCAGCAUUCACCCAACCUGAUUCGGACACCACUCUACUCUGUUCCUCCCCCACCGCCACCGCCGCCACCACCACCACCUUUACCACUUAAAGUUCGACAAGGAUUUUCUAUUGCACAGCCAUCAGUUCAUGAUGACUUUGAGUCAAAGUAUAAUUUUCAUUCAGUGGAAGACCUUCCACCUCCAGAUGAAUAUAAAUCGUUUCCCAGGACAUACCCAAGCAAGCAGCCCAGAGGUGAGCCCAUCACUUGUCAAUUCAGUGUUACUUUAGCCAAAAAAGUCAUCGGGCUACAACACCGUUAAGAUGAGUUGUUCAUUUCAUUGCUUGUGAUGAGGGUCCACAUUUUGCUAUCAGUUUGAAGACAGCAUGUGAAAUCACUGAAAGAAGAUUUUUCUGUAAUGAACUUGUCCCAUCAGUAAAAUGAAAACAGCGCUUUCUUCACACACUUGAAGAAACUGACUUUCCUUCAUAAUUGAGAAAGUGACAAAAGUUUUUCCACUGUUAAUUACAUUUUAUUCAUUUAUAUUCUAGCAAAAUAGCUUGUUUGAUUAUGAAUUAGGUAAUUAGAAAAUAUAACUGUGUAAAAUGUGCAUUUUCAACUUUUAAAAACCAUUAGAAAUGCUGUCUGAACCUAGUAAGGAUUAUGUUAGAUUGCUAUAUCAAAAAUGUAUAUUAACCUUUUAGCUAACUAAACUAAUCGGGAAAUCUGAAUACUUCCCAUUGAAGAGAAACAAAUAAUGUGGAUAAUAUUAAAUGUUACUACUGAUAAGAAAUAUUUUACAUAAGUUACAACUUACUUUUUCAUGGUUGAUAACUUUUUUAAAUGGGAUUGUUUAAGGGUGCUUUAUUUUCAUGCAAUAAUUUUAAGUAAAUGAUGACUUGAUGGGGUCAAUCUAAAUAAGUUCUGGCUCACUAAUUUCAGCACUAAUUUCAUUUUUUUUUGUUUUUAUUCUUUGAUGAAUUAGGUAUUAACCUAAAUGUUCAUUUCCCUUUAAGGGGCUUUUUCCAUUUGUAUGGCAAAACACUUUUUGGUUGUUGUGUACUGCAGUUUUGUUACCAGCAGGGAGCACUAUUACACAUGGUUAAUUACAAAAGUUUUGUAGGUGUUCAGAAUGAAUAGAUUGUCAACUGUUUAAAAGGAGUAAAAAUUCAGUUAAUUUACUCUUCUUGUCCAGUAAUUCUAAUUUGUCGGGAUCUUAAAAUUUACAGUUUUCUUCAGCUUUAAUUAUUAACUAAUAAUGUUUAACAAAAUAGUUAAGAUGUCACAAUUAAUUGCGUGAAUUCUGUGUCCAUAUGUGGUUGCAUAAUUGAAUGUAUUCCUUGCAAUGUUA